CACAGCAUCUCGAAGCACGACAACACUCACAAUGGCCGGUCGCUCCAAGAAAAAGGGCACCUCUGGUGCGGCGAAAAACUACAUCACGCGUACGCGAGCGGUAAAGAAGCUGCAGAUUUCUCUCCCAGACUUCAGACGACUAUGCAUCUUCAAGGGUAUUUACCCACGUGAGCCACGCAACAAGAAGAAGGUCUCGAAGGGAUCCACCGCCGCGACUACCUUCUACUACACCAAGGACAUCCAAUACCUUCUCCAUGAGCCGCUUCUCGCAAAGUUCCGCGAGCACAAGGCUGUCGCAAAGAAGAUUGGCCGCGCGCUGGGCCGUGGCGAGGCCGGCGAUGCUGCGCGCCUUGAGAAGAACCUCAUGCCCAAGGUCAAGCUCGAUCACAUCAUCAAGGAGCGAUACCCAACGUUCGUAGACGCCCUGCGCGACCUCGACGAUGCUCUCUCCAUGCUGUUCCUCUUCGCGAACCUGCCAUCCAGCGAGCAUAUUCCUGCCAAGACGAUUGCUCUCUGCCAGCGUCUUACCCGCGAGUUCGAACACUACGUGAUCACCUCCCACGCUCUGCGCAAGUCUUUCCUGUCCAUCAAGGGCAUUUACUAUCAGGCAACAAUCCAGGGCCAGGACAUUCUGUGGCUGGUCCCCUAUCGGUUCGUCCAGCGAACUGGUGGAGACAUCGACUUCAGGAUAAUGGGCACUUUCGUCGAAUUCUACACGACUCUACUCGGCUUUGUCAACUACCGCCUGUACACGUCGAUAGGAUUCGUAUACCCCCCCAAGUUCAACGCCAAGACCGACGAGCAAGGUGGCGAGUUGGCUGCUUUCCAGUUGGAGGGCAAGGGCAUCGCUACAAAUGGCGCAACUAAUGGCGACAUCGAGGACGCGGAGAUCAACCCCGAGGCGCAGGCGAUAGCAGACAGAAUCGCUGCUAUGUCGGACGCCGAGGAUGACGAGGAAGCAGCAGCUGUUGCUGACCUCACCUUGGAAGAUGACGAAGAAGAGGCCACCGAGGGCAUCGACAAGUUUGAGCCAACAGCCCCGGACGCUGACGUUCUACCUCAACCGCAAGCUAGCAGCGCCGAAAUUGCGUCUCUGUUCGAACCUUUCACCUUCUACUUGUCUCGCGAGACACCCAGAGCUUCGCUCGAGUUCAUCUUGAAGGCUUUUGGUUGCAAGAGAGUAGGGUGGGAUGGUAUCCUGGGUGAGGGUGCAUUCACAACAAACGAAUCUGACCCCGCGAUCACACAUCAGAUUGUCGAUCGCCCAUCGCUCUCAAACGGUGAAUCAGCGCCCAAUGCGCCGGAGACUGAGCAAGGUAGUGCUGCCGCUCCGAAAGCUCAGUGGCCUCGGUCAACCAUGCCUGGCCGAACGUAUGUCCAACCGCAAUGGGUUUGGGACUGCGUUAACCAGAGUAAAUUGCUUCGCCCAGACCUCUACGCGCCUGGUGCUGAGCUUCCACCUCACCUGAGCCCAUGGGUGAAGCCCAAGAAGGGAGAGUACGACCCGAAGCUGCCUCUGGAGGCGCAGCAGCCAGAGGGCGAGGCAGAAGCUUUCGAGGACGAAGGUGAUGAGGAGGAGAUGGCUGAUGUCAACGAUGAAGACGAUAUGGAUGCCAUCGUCGACCGUGCAGGUUCUGUCGAGGUUGGAGAAGGCAUGGACGUUGCCGAGACCGACUCAGAGGACGAUGACGACAGCGGCUCAGACGCCGAUGUUCCCGCAGAAGAUUUUGACGGCUUCGAGUCUGAUGCAGAGUCUGAUAUCUCAGAAGGAGAGGCUGCUCGUCUACAGCACCAGCGCGAGCUCGAAGCUGAGGCUACUGGAACGACACUCGAGAAGGAGAAGCCCACCAAGAAGGCUCAGAAUGCGGCUAUUCGCAAGAAGGCUGACAAGCAGAGGCGCCAGGAGGAGGAGGAGCGUGAUAGGCAGAAGAUGAUGCUUUCAAACAAGAAGCGCAAGCUGCUCAAGCGCAUUGAAUACGGCGAGAACAAGCGCGACACUGAGGCUGAGGUGCUCAGGAGGAAGCGUGCGAAGAUCGAGAAGGCCAAGGCUGCGGCAGAGGCUUUGUAGAGCAUAUCAAAAGUGCGUGGGCUGGCGUUUGGGCGGGUUGGUGUUUAGGGUACUAGGUUACUACCUUGGUGCCAUAUGUAGUCCUUUUUGUUCCUGAAAUGACAAUCUGAU